AUGAGGAACACCAGCCAAAUCUCUAAGGCUCACAAAGGAAGCCAUAUAUGUAAGCUUCUCCUCGUAUCUCCUGUGUCUUUGGGCUUCUCUGUCCGCUUCCUCCGCCUGCCUAUUCCUCCUCCUCCUCCGUUAAUGAUGCAAAUUUCUCCCUUUUCCCAUCCCGUCUCAAGGUUCCUCCUGGAGAAACAUCAAGCAGAAGCCUCUAGCUGCAGGGCCGGGUUACCAUGGUAACCUUGCCUCCCAUCAGGACCCCGCUGUGCAUCUCCUUGAAUCCGCCACUCUGUGAGGCCUUGUGGAACUAAACUGCGUCUCUCUUGUCGCGUCUGUCUCUCUCCCUCUCUGUCAGUCUCACUAACAAGGAAGAUAAUAAAUUGGAGGCUGGGUGGGUGUGUUUGGUGGGUCAACGGUGAGGCCGGUGACUCUUGAAAGGGGGACAGGUGCCUCAGAGAUGGCUGAGCAAGCCAAUUCCUCCCCAUUCCCUCCAAAAUAUUUAUCAUGCACCUCCCUAAAUACUUCCCUUCUCUUCCCUUCUCCACAACAGCUUCAGGCCAGCCUCACACCAUCCAUUUAAAACAUCGCAAUACUUCUUUAGAUAGCCAUGGCUUCCCCCAAAGCAUUCUGGGAGCUGUAGUUUACUAAAGGUGUGGAGAAUUGAUAAGGAGACUCCGGUUUCCCUCACAGAACUGCAAUUCCUAGAUGGGUUUCAUAAGUCAUUCCCUCUUUGCAGGGAACUCUAAGGAUUAUAGCUCUGGGAGGGGAAUAGGAGGGUCUCCUUGACAUACUGCAGCUCCCCAAAUCCUAAUCUUCUGCCCCUCAGAAAGGGCUCUCAGAGCUGCUCACAAACACUUGAAUCGAGGCCGUCGCUGCCCACAGGCUUAUAGCCUAAAAGGCACGACACAAGAGGAAGAAGGGACAGGGAGGGAAGAGGAAGCAUAAACUGGCCCACCAUCACAGCUAGGUCACUUAAACAGCAAUAAACAUAAUGUCUGAAAUGGUUGGCUGGGGGUGCAUUGGUAUGGAGGUGGUUGGUUUUUGGACUUUGGCAAGAAAUUAGCUAUUGAUGGGGUGUGUGGGCUGCCUCGGGCAAAGUGUGCCCUCCAACUAACACCUAAUCUCUGUUUUCCUGCAGCUUUAAUUCUCCAGCGUCUGGAGCAAAAACACGCAAGCGCUGUUAACCCUUUCAUGCUCGGUUGUUUUAGCUGGCUAAUCCAGGACUAACGACUGGAGAGGCAACAGCUUUGGCACUGAGGGCUCCAGGUUUGGAGGGAGGUGCUUGGGGUGAGCCAGAAUAACAAGUUUAUUAUUUUUACUCCAUCCAUCUGGCUGGGUUGCCCAAGCUUGUACCCAUGAACUUGGGUCAUGUUUGCAAAAUUCCAAAUUGACGACAUUCCCUUCUGUCCAUGUGGAGCGAAAACCAAGAUUGAACUGAAAAUUUUGAAUUUUCGAUUGUUCUGUUUUGAACUGAAAAUGUCAAACUUAUGCAAGGAGGCGAGGCUGCUGGGAAGAAUUUUGUUUGGGAGUGACUGUGUUCCUCAGGGCUCAUUUAAAUAACAAUAAAAAAGCAAGCCCAAAAGCUGAGAUUUCAGCUGCAAUAGAUUAGCUAUGGGGUGUGGUUUUUUUAGUACAUUUGGCCCCAGGUCUUCAGUCAAAAAGGUUCCUUGAACAUAUUACAUACAACCAAUGAAAACAAGACAGUCAGUGCCUGUCGGCUUAUAAUCUGAAAAGGACACAGCACAAAAGGAAAGCAGGACAGAGACAGAAGAGGGGGAAAGCAAGAUUCUUAAAUUAACCAGUAUAAUGUACUACUUUUUUGUGGGAAAUACCUUGUACAAAGAAAUUGACCGUGGCUCUGACCCUCCAGAUAUUGUUGGGCUCCAACUUCCAUCAUCCCUGACCACCGGCUCUACUGGCUGGGACUGAUGGGAGUUGUGAUCCAGCAAACAAUUGGAGGGCCACAGGCUUCCCAACCUCUCCUCUGAAAGUGUAUUUAUUAUGAGAUCCCUGACUGGUUGAGGCAUGUCUAGUACAGGGGUAGGGGCACCUGUUGACCCUACAGAUGUUGCUGGACUACAAAGCCUAUCAUCCUUUAUCAUUGUCUGUGCUGGCUGGGGCUGAUGGGAGCUGGAGUCCAGCCACAUCUGGAGCGCCACAUGUUUUCCCGCUCCUGAUAUUGAGCAUACAUCCCUUCUGUCCUUUAAGCAUAGAAUUUAGGUUGGGUUGGACCAGAUGAUCUUUGAGGACCCCUUCCAACUCUACUUCUACAGUCAUAGAUCUGUAGCAUUGGAAGGGACCCCGAGGGUCAUCUAGUCCAACCCUCAGCAAUGCAGGAAUCUUUCACCCAACGCAGGGUUCAAACCCAUGACCCCGAGAUUAAGAGUCUCACGCUCUACCAACUGAGCUAUCCCAGCAGUGUUCAAUGUUCUACGAUUCUAUCGUCAUCCUUCCUUGCAAACUUGGUUUUCACUCUGCUCUGUAUUUGAAAGAAAAAAGGAAACAGGUGUUUCUUGGCCCUCAGUGCCGAAGCCACUGCCCUCUUCCUAAUCAAAUCCAGUUCUGACCGCUCUGCUUCUGCCUAAAGGCACUAAAAAUGUCCUUCUUCUCUUCCAGUGCCCGCAAGCGCCCGAUCCCCUACUACCGGCCCAGCCCGUCCUCUUCCAGCUCCCUGACGAGCUACUCCUACAGCCGCAGCCGCAGCCGCAGCUACGACAGCUACAGCAGCAGCCGCAGCCGGACUCGCACCCAGAGCCGCAGCCCAAGCUACAACAGCCGGAGCAGUUCUGAGAGCGCUGGGUUUUGA